AUGUCACAUGUCAUUAACUGUCACAUUGGCAUCUUACGUCCUUCUUUCAAGAGGUGCCAGUCAUCAGCAGCUUAUGGAUAAUUUUUGAGGAUCUUCUUUGUAAAUAAAUAUUCGUUUUGAAUUGAAAUAGCAUCUACCCAUACCGCAAAAUAAAAUAAAGAAAUAUGUUUAUUUGGGAUUGGUUCACUGGUGUCCUAGGAUACUUGGGAUUAUGGAAGAAAUCCGGUAAGCUGCUGUUCCUUGGGUUGGACAACGCCGGCAAAACCACCCUCUUACACAUGCUAAAGGACGACAGGCUAGCGCAGCAUCUGCCUACUCUACAUCCCACGUCAGAGGAAUUAUCCAUUGGCAACAUCAGAUUUACCACAUUUGAUUUAGGUGGCCAUUCACAAGCAAGAAGGGUGUGGAAAGACUAUUUCCCAGCCGUAGACGCUAUCGUUUUCUUAAUCGAUGCCUUCGACAGGUCCAGAUUCCGCGAGAGUAAAAAAGAAUUAGAUAGUUUAUUAACGGACGAAACGCUGGCCAAUUGUCCCAUCCUCAUUUUGGGCAACAAAAUAGAUAUCACCGGUGCCGCUUCGGAAGAAGAACUUAGAACAUAUUUCGCCCUAUACAAUCAAACUACUGGCAAGGGCAAAGUACCGAGGUCCGAGUUGCCUGGUCGCCCCUUAGAAUUGUUCAUGUGUUCGAUCUUGCGAAAGCAAGGUUAUGGAGAUGGUUUCCGUUGGAUCGCCCAGUAUAUGGACUGAAGCGGUGCAUCGGCGGACGAUCCAAACUAACCACUCCUUUUGUAUAUUCAUCAUUGGUUUCUCGUUUUAUUCGGUUGUUUCCCUCAAUUGACUCAAAGUGGGAUUGUUGUAUUGAAGUCGUCGCAAUCAAAUCGUAUUUGAAUUUUACCCAUUUCGUGUUCCGUUGCGGUCUGUCAAUGUAUCAGUUUUCAUAUAUUUCAAUUUAAGCAAAUACAAUAAGAAUCAAUCAGUUAAACUUGAAGAACUGUUUUUUUAUGAUCCGUUCCUUUAAUCUAUGAUAUUUGUAUGUGAUGGAAAUUUUCAGUGAAAACGUAUUGGUUGAAAUAAAAGUGCUUUAUAAAAA